UCCCUCGACCCUGCCAUUGACCUUCCAGCUAGCUCGCCAACCACACGGUACAAUGGGGUCAACAAAUUUGCACAUAGUUCUGCUCUUGAUGGCGAGUUUAGCAAUCGGGAUUGAAAGCGUGUCUCCAAGAGCACCGUCGUUCACGACAACAAGCGUCGCCGAGCCUGAACUGACAACAGCUAAUUCUUUAUCGGCCUCUACUACCGCGCUUCCAACACCUUCGUAUCGCCUACCGGGAGACCUGCGUCCAGAACAUUACACUUUGGAAAUUAAAACUUUCCUGGACGGAGAAAAUUCGCGAUUCGAAGGACGCGUCCUGAUUAGGGUUAAAUGUGAGAAGGACACGUCUCGAGUCGUGCUGCAUUCUACAGACCUCAUCUUAAAUACCGACCAAGUGAGAGUCGGAGACAAAGAAAUCAUCGGUCACGAGUUUGACACUCGAAACGAAUUCUACAUAAUCAAAGUGAAAGAGGAGCUGAAAUCAGGAAGCAAAUACGUGAUUGAAAUUCCCUUUGAGGGAAAUUUGACCACGGGCAUAGUAGGAUAUUAUCGAACCAGCUAUCAAGAUAAAGCAACUGGAGACAAAAAGUGGGUUGCAACAACACAAUUCGUAUCAGUUGACGCCCGCAGAGCAUUUCCUUGCUUUGAUGAGCCCGCGAUGAAAUCUGUUUUCCAAGUGAACAUGAUUCGUCGCAAGGGUUUCACCUCCAUCAGCAACAUGCCACUGGCCAAAUCAGUCCAACUUGAGGACGAUUGGUUCCGCGACGAAUACGUUGAGAGUGUGCGAAUGUCGACGUACUUGGUGGCGUUUGUCGUUUCCGACUUUGCUCACCUGCAAUCCAACCCUGGCAACACCACCUUCAGGGUGUGGGCUCGACAAGAUGCCAUUGAACAGGCCCGAUACUCGCUGGAAAUCGGCCCGAAGAUGCUGGAUUUCUUUGAGGAGUAUUUCAACGUGCCCUAUCCCCUUCCUAAAAUGGACAUGAUUGCUGUGUCGGAUUUCUCAUCAGUGGCAAUGGAAAACUGGGGAUUAAUUACUUACGAAGAGACGGCAUUGUUGUAUGAGAAAGGUGUUUCUGAUUUGAACGCUAAAGAUUUCAUAACGAACGUCGUGGCCCACGAAUUAGCUCACCAGUGGUUUGGAAAUCUGGUCACCAUGAAGUGGUGGGAUGAUCUUUGGCUCAAUGAAGGAUUUGCUGUUUACUUUGAAGGGCUCGGAACAGAUCACGUUCAACCAACUUGGAAUCACCCUGACAAUCAGGCGGUUAGGUCUCUCUUGAAAAUCUUUUCUAAAGAUUCUUUAAAAUCGUCCCAUCCAGUUUCAAAUAAUAUUCAGCACCCAAGUGAAAUCCGGCAAUUAUUUGAUGACAUAUCAUACGCUAAAGGCUAUCUAGUUUUGAGAAUGUUGAACUAUGUUUUGGGCGAGGAAACUUUCAGGCGUGGAGUCAGCAGAUAUUUAAAGACACACCAGUAUGGCAACGCGGUUCAAGACGAUUUGUGGGCCAGUUUUGAGAUACAGUCGCGAGACGACUCUGCUCGAGAUUCUAGUCGAACAGAAACGCCAAGAGAAGCGACAGUAAAAGAAAUCAUGGACAGCUGGACGCUUCAAACUGGAUACCCGGUGAUUCACGUCAAGCGUAAUUAUGAGGAAGGAAGCGCUGAACUGUGGCAGAAUCGUUUUGUGACUGAUUGGCUCGGCCGUUCGAGUGACGAUCGCGAGAGCUUGUGGUGGGUGCCCAUCAGCUACACGGACCCGUCGAAUGCGCUCCUCGACAUGAGCACCAAACCUCGCUUCUGGAUGAACACGUCAAACGCAACUCUCACUGGCCUGCCCAAAAAGGACCAAUGGCUCCUGCUCAACGUUAAUGCCACUGCUUUGUACCGGAUAAACUAUGAUUCUGAAAAUUGGGAGCUUCUCUCCACUGCGCUGAGAACCGAGAAAAACCACGGAGGAAUCCCCACUUUGAACAGAGUGCAGAUCAUUGAUGACGCGUUUAACCUUGCCAGGGCCGGCUUGCUUGACUACAGCUUGGCCCUGAACCUUUUGCGCUAUCUCCACCACGAAAGAGAGUACUUGCCAUGGAAAGCCGCCUUCACAAACCUGGAAUACUUGUACAGGAUGACAAAUCGAGGAGGAGGAUUCAGUCCGUUUAGAAAAUUCAUCUACGCUCUUCUAACUCCCGUUUACAACGCACUUGAUGAUCCUUUUAAACCAAGUGUGGCCGGAGACAAUCUCCCGCAGAUCAAUCACCGCGCUCAGGUGCUGGAUUGGUCAUGCUCCUAUGGGGUGUCCGACUGCGAGGAGAAAGCCGUAGCUUUUUUCAAAACCUGGCAGCAGCAAACCGAGGAUCCAGAUGUUGUUAAUCCUAUUCCUGUUGAACUUAGAAGCGUGGUCUACUGCAGCGCUGUAGAAUCAGGAGGCGAACCGGCCUGGGACUUUGUAUGGAAGAGAUUUUUGGGCUCGAACGUCGCCGCAGAAAAGAGUAAACUUUUGUCUGCCUUAGGAUGCGCGCGAGAAAUGUGGCUUUUACACAGAUUUUUGGAUUUGUCCUUGAACGAAACUUCAGGCAUUCGCAAGCAAGAUGUAACCCACGUGUUUAAUUCGGUGGCCACUAGCUCGAGCGGCUUCUACAUUGCGAAAGAAUUUCUUUUCUCACGCAUCAAAGAUAUUCACUCUUUUGUCAGGCCAGAUUUCUCUCAAGUUGGAGACUACAUCGAAGGUGUUUCUUAUUUGAUGAGCACGAAAAAUGAUUUGGAACAGAUCAAGCAAUUUGUGGAACUGAACUCGGAAUACCUCAAAGAUUCGAAAUAUGCAGUGAAGGAGGCAGUAGAGAAUGUCGAGUUGAACGUGCAGUGGCACUCCAGAUACUAUCCAACUGUUAUAGAGUGGUUCUCUUCUUACGCAAAUGAAGAAUUAUCCGCGUGAUCUGCAUGCGAAAGUUUCUACCUAAAAUUUUUAUUUAAUAUUUCAGCUAUUUAAUAUAGGAGCAGCAAAUUUCAUAAUAGUAUUUUGUUCUUCUAAUGCAGAGCUUAAAGGAAAAACCGAAAUUUUGUUAUAGUUUAAAACAAUAAAAAAUCAAGUUGAAGAACAA